AUGGGUCUAGCCGAAACGAGCGAGACAAGCGAGGCAAGCAUGUCCCAAAGGCGCUCCUCCUCCUUCAGGCAGCAGCAUUUCCAGCCAGCCAGCAAUCGGCAGGAGCGACACAGCAGCCAGCAGCCAGUAGCCCGCGCGCACCUUCCGUCGCAAGCGCAGCGCAUCGCAAUUGAAUGUCGCACAUUUUCACACAACUGGCGGGGCCUCAAUUCCUCGUCUCAUCAAAGAUCCACAGCCAGUAUCCGUAUCACCAACAUCCAAUUGCCAUCUCUAACCCCGUGUCACGUCCACCACUGCAAGCCACAAUUCGAACCAGUCUCCGCCUCUCAGUAUUCUCACUUGCUGUCCGUCCUGAGCGGGCACGGCAGGGCCUCUGCUAGUUCGAGUCCAACCAUUGUCGUGCCCACAGCCGCGCCCCGUCCGUACCUUACGGUGGACGGAUACCUGAUGGAUUAUCGACAGGAAAGGGUAAAGACCGUCCGUCCCUAA